UCUUGCAAUAGUUGUGUGUUUUAUUAUAUAUCGACUGAUAUUCAACGAACGGAAAUAUGAUCCGCCGUUGCCACCAUCUCCAGGGGCUCAGAUUCCGCUCAUUGGUCACUUCCAUUUGCUUGAUAUAGAUAUGAGACAACCACUGAAGAAACUACGGAAGAAAUGUGGGGACAUAUAUUCAUUGCAAAUGGGAUGUAUUCCGAGCGUCGUAAUUUCUGGAUAUGACGCUGUUAAAGAUGGAUUUAAGAUACAAGAUUUAUUUACAGACCGGCGAUACAUGUAUGUCCUCGAUAAAGUGACGAGGGGUGGUAAAGGCAUACUUUUUGCCAGAAACGAAGCGUGGAAGGAGCAUAGACGAUUUACUCUCAGUACUUUAAAGGACUUUGGAAUGGGUAAAAGAUUAAUGGAGGGCAAAAUUCACGAAGAGACUAAAAAUCUUAUUGAAGAAAUCAGAACUUUUGAGGGUAGUUGUUUCGAUCCAAAUGAAUUAAUCGCCGUGCACGUGUCGAAUACUAUGUUCUCCCUGGUGUUCAAAGGAUCGUUCAAAUAUACAGAUCCAAGAUUCAAAGAAAUGAUCAAAAUACUUGACGAAAACAUGAGGUCCGGUUCGGGCGUAGCAAACUUUUUUCCAUGGGCAGCGAGAAUACCAGGCGAUUUUCUUGGAGUCCACAAAACCUUCAGUAAUGCUGAAAAGAUAUAUGAAUUCUGUGAAAACAUUAUCAAGGAACACGUGGAGUUUUACGAUGAAAACUGCAUUGAUGAUUUGACAAGCGCAUAUAUCAAACAGAUUAAAAGAUGUGAAGAAAAUGGUGAAUCGACAACGAUGAGUUUGUGCCUUGUAGAUGAGUUUCUUGCGGGUCUCAUUGCGGAUUUGUUCUUCGCUGGGUCAGAGACCAGUACCACUGCAUUGCGAUGGGCCUUGGUGUUUCUUGUGGAAUAUCCGGAAAUGCAGGAACGAAUGUUCUCAAAAACAGAGGCACAUGUUGGGACUUCUAGGUUACCAUCGGUUAAAGACAGGACAGUUCUAACAUACGUGGAGGCCUUCUACACGGAGAUCCUCAGAUUUUGUGACAUUGCCAUCACGGGCGGAUUCCAUUCGACGCCAGUGGACGUGGUGUUUAGAGGAUACACCAUUCCGGCCAAUACUUUGGUCAUACCGGAUCUGUCUUCUGUUCAUUCAGACCCUAAAAUAUGGGGAGAUCCUGAAACCUUUCGCCCAGAAAGGUUCCUUGAUGACAGUGGCAACAUUGUAAGAAGGGACGAAUUCAUGGCCUUUAUGAUCGGGAAGCGAAGCUGCGUUGGAGAAUCUCUUGCACAAAUGGAAAUGUUUCUGUUUCUCAGCGCACUGGUCCAGCGCUUUAAGUUCGAAAAUCCACCAGGAUCUAAACUUUCGUUUGCUGCAACAGAUUGUUUGGGCUAGCGCAUUGCCCUAAACCAUACAUGAUUUGUGCAAAAGCUCGAUUUUAAGGAGAAUGUAUACAAUCGAUUGAUCGUGAUAAAUAUAUUAUGUUAUUAUUAUUAGAUGGUGUGCAUGAUUGUGAGGAACAAAAUGACCUAAACGUUACUUUAUUUUAUGUGAUCAAGUCCAUGUUUAUUUCAAAAGAAUAUAAUAAAGAUUUCUAUGCACUUUACGUCGGGGGUAUUCAUUGCGUGCCACCGUGUAAAUAGAACGACAUACGCAAUAACAUAUAUACAUAUAACUUUAUCAGAUUGUAUGUAAGUUUGCUUUAUUCUUCAUUUCUCCAUCAUGUGUUUGCGUUUGUGGGCUAUCUAUCGUUUCGUUUCUUAAUAACGCUUGGAGAAACUUUAACUCGACCCAUGUAAGGCCUUUAUAAUGUCACUAUUUCUCCCUGAAACAUUGAGAAUGCCCAUUGACGGUUGAAAACACAAGAUGGACGCCGCCAAGUUGAACUAUUUGUGUUUAAAAAAUCGAUUUUUUUUCCGAGGUCACCUAUAGGACAGUCGCCGAGGUGUAACGAUUGGUCUAUUUGGGAUGUUUGAUAGCUUGUUUCUCUCGUUCAGAGUCUUUUGGGCCAUUAUUUUGUGUCUCAAACCAAGAUUAAUAUGUGAAUAUUUUACUGCUGAAUUUGUCCUUAAAAUUUGCAUUGUAUUAUUGUUAUAAUUACUCUUGCAAAACGCUUUGUAUUUUACUCAGUUCUCAGGAGCAUAGCUAAAUCAGAUAUUGUUAUAAACACACACACACGCACGCACGCACGCACGCACGCACGCACGCACGAACGAACGCGCACACGCACACACACACACACACACACACACACACACACUAAAGAGUUGAUAUUCUAUCCUGAAGCGUAGACCCCAUUAACUAUAAAUGGAUUUUUACUCGUGCGAAGGCUUUGACAUUCCUUUC